AUGAUUCAAUCGAACGAGCAUCCUCACGUCAUAAAAGAACUAAUAGCGGAACGGAUCCGCUCUCAAGAGGAGCAGCGGCAGCGCGAAAUGGAAUCACUUGUCCCGACUGCCGUUAGCUUCAG